AUGUCGUCCGAACCUUGCAUGGCUACGAACAGUUCCCACCUAUCAAUCUCCUCGUACUCGCUUCCUAGGCUCCUCAAAACCAGAACAGGAUGCACAACAUGCAAAACCCGCAAGAUAAAAUGCGACGAGACCCAGCCUCACUGCCAACGCUGUCAAAACGCCGGCUGGAAGUGUCCAGGCUACGGACGACCUCCUCCUGGAGUUGUAGGCCGCGGCCGCAGCCGCAGCAUCCUAUCAACCCCAGCCCGACUAUCUGAUCUGAAUGGCCGCACAUGGCGCGAGCGUCGCUCUUUCGAGUACUACUUCAACCACUCUGGCCGAGCUAUUGCCGGCCCUCUCGACACCCGGUUCUGGCACGGCAUCGUCCUCCAACUGUCCCGGUCGGAGCCUGUCGUGUGGGACGCGGUCAUCGCCAUCAGUGCGUUGUACGAGGAUUCGGAUCCGUUUCUGGGUCCGCCGAUGGUGAUGCCGGCGACUACUGUAAAGAGCGUUGCUAAGCACCACGAACCGUUGGGCUGGUACUUCCGCUCGAUGGCGUCAAUGAGGGAACGGAUUGGGCAGAACAGAGCUGGGUCGUUUCUGUGUCUUGUGACUUGUCUACUGUAUCUCUGUUUGGAGAAUAUGCAGGGACAUAGUGUGGAGGCGUUGAGGCUGUAUGAGCAGGGGAUGCGGCUGAUACGGGCCAUGCAGCAGAGACCGGCGUUACGUGCGGGUUCUUACGAAGACACCGUCGUGAAGGAGGUCAUCAUUCCGAUGUUCUUCCGUCUUGGGGCCAGUGCGAUGGUAUCAGCAGGAUAUCCUGUCCAGGAGGACCCGUUCAUGCAGACCGCGAAUGACGUGAUAUGUGUUCCGACGAUGGACAGUCUACGAGCCGCAAUAAUAUCAUUGAAUAUGGAGGCGACUAUGCUCGUGAAAUCUGCUUCUGAGUAUGACCACUCUGCCACGGAUCAGCCUGACCAGCUCCAAGCCCUCGUCACGCAACAAGAGACUCUGCGCCUGAAACUACAGCGAUGGAAACUCGUUUUCACCACUUUCCAAGGCGGAGAAUCCUUGCAGUCCAACCCUGCAGCAUCCGUUCUCUUAACCUUCCACAUCGCUGCAACCAUCAUGGUCUCGACCUGUCUUUCUGAACGCCAACUUUCUUUCGACGAUCAUACAUCCCAGUUCCGACGCCUUGUACACCAUGCCCGGAUAGCCUUGACGCCUGCAUCUGAUUCUGAUCGCCAACCGCACCGCCACACCCCAUUUACAUUCGAAACAGGCCCAGGUCUACCAUUAUACUACGCCGUGAUCAGAUGUCGAGAUCCGACCCUUCGACGAGAGGCGCUUGCUUUGCUCAAGCAGACACCACAAGUCCAGGCGUUCUUCAAAUGUCCGUCCUGGAUCCGGCUCGCUGAUAUGGCUAUCCGGCUGGAAGAAGGAGACAUGAGAGGGAUGCAUUUGAAGAUGCAAAUAUAUUCUUAUAGCGAACAUACCAGACUAACCCCUAGCUCUCCCGGCACAACGACCUACGACGACCUCAAACCCCAGGAAUGGUUAGCAAUUGGUGACUUGUCUCAUGACACGCCCAUCAUCCACGAAGUGGUGGGAAUAGCAGAUGUUGAUGAAGCGUGCUUUCUCCGUCCGCAGACAAACAAUUCAGAGUCGAUGUUGAUCCCAGAAGAGCAACGCCUAUCUGACAUCGGCGUUAUGACAGCCUACCGGUGUGAAGGUGCAGCGCUGGACAGGAGUCUCUUUGACGAGGACGAUCGGGAUAAAGCAACACUGCUCCGGCAGAUGAAAGGGGAAGAAGAGGUUUUCUUUCAGUUUACGCGGAACAGACUGGAUGCUGCUACUGGGAGUUGGAAACAAGAUAGAUUCUUCCUAGCCAUGGACUGA